AUGGCAGGCGGUGGAUCAUCUUCAUCAAACGCUUCGAGACUGAGAAAGAGGGUUGAGGCUGACACCUCUUCUUCUACUGCUCUGAAACGUGCGAGAGACGGCAGUGCUUUCGCCAAAUGUGAAGAAUGCAACAAAGAUGUCCCAGUUGCCCUGAUAAGCUUUCACAACUGCAGCCUUGAUGCCAAAAUUAAGAUGAAUCUGGAGGCCCAAGUUGUGGAAAUGCCAAGUGAGGUUAAAAAGAAACCCCCAUCAGAAAGGAAAAAGUCUUCUAAGAAGACAGAAUCAAGUGUCCAAAAGGGGAAAACUGCCAACAAUUCCAAAAAACUGAAGCGCCCUCCUACGGCAUUCUUUGUAUUCAUGGAUGAUUUUAGAAAAUCGUUCAAGGAGUCUAAUCCUGACACCAAGGGUGCGGCGAAGGUUGCCAAGGAAGGUGGUGAGAAAUGGAAAUCAAUUCUGGAGAGGGAGCCCGAAAGCCCGUUUGAGCUGAGGUCGAGGACAGAAAUCUGUGCCGGCAAUCUGAUUGUGGACACGUCAGCACGGAGCAAGUUGUGGGAAAGAUUGGCGCUGUUCAAAUACGGCAUCCUUUGCAGGAAAUUGGAAAUCUCAGUACCCCCUGUGAAGCGGUUGCUGGAGAGGUCCACCGUUGUAAGAACGUCGGGGUUGGCGAAGACCGGCAAGGGCCCUUCAAGCCCGCAGCUGGCUAAUCUCACAUCGAUUAAGAUCCCACAAAUUGUUGAGCUUGGACAGAGAAGCAGGGAUGCGGCCGGUCAGCUUGUUACCGCCCAAUCUCAACACGGUGAGAGUGGUGAGGGCGGAGAUAGUGUGCGGGAUAUUGCCCGUCAGCUGGUUGUGGUCGAUCGAGAGCUCGGACAGGUGGGGCAGGCGGAAGAUAGAUUCAGGUAUGGGGCCGGAGAGGCGAUUUCCAGUGAGCACAAGAUUGGGGUCUGGAGAGUCAAUUGGGUGACCCUUCCGGAGAGAGGGUGGCAGACCACACCUACCCAACCGCCACUGCAGGGGUCGGACGCGUUGGUCCACGUGCUCAGACUUGCGGUUGUGUCGGUGGAGAUGGCGUUCUUGAAAGCCACAAGAGCAUCUCUGUCGGAUUUCCAGCAAUUCGAUUUGGCGGAGGAGAUUGUUAGUGUGGUGGCGAUGCAGAUGAGGAGGAGGAGGAGGAGGAUAAUACUGAACCGGGAUUUUGGGGCUGCCAUUUGA